CUGCAGCAUUGCCAGGCUUUGACUCCCCAGUGCCGGUGCUCCUGGGCCCCCUGCAAGGCGAGGGGGAGGCGAUGGCUGGGUCGCUGCCCUCUCUUCAGGGGUGCUCUACCCUUCCUCCCUCCCCUCCUCCUUCUCCUCCUCCCGCAGUUCUGGCUCUGUCCGGCGAGCGCUGCUGGGAAAGCAGCACAACGGGGCCCAUUCAGCUCUCGGUUCUACAAGGAGAACAAACACCGGCACAGGAGCUUGGCAGCAGCUGGACGGGGCAGGGGGGGAAACACGCUUCCCCCCUCUGGUUUUGCCGCCUCUUGAGGAGCAGGUAGACCCCGGCCCCCGGGUGCGUGACACCCCCCCAGCUGCAGGUGCCCCCCACCAUGAGGCUGUCCUGGGGGCUGCUCCUGCUCACGGCAGCCCUGGCGCUGGGGGGGACGGCUGCUGCCCGCUGCCCCGCACCCUGCGUCUGUGACAACCUCCGUGCCCAUGUCCUCUGCCUCAACGGGAACCUGACAGCCGUCCCCGGCACCAUCCCGCAGCUCACCAAAAAACUGGACCUUCGGGGCAACAGCUUCACGGUCAUCCCGGCAGGAGCCUUCCUCACCACCCCAUACCUCACACACUUGGACUUGCAGCGCUGCAAGGUGGAGAGGCUGGAGGAAGGGGCUUUCCGGGGGCUGGGGAGGCUGGUCUACCUCAAUCUGGCCUCCAAUGGCAUAACUCUCCUCUACCAGGAGUCCCUGGAUGGGCUCUCAUCCCUCCAGCAGCUCGUUCUGGAGGGGAACCGUAUUGAGGAGAUUCAGCCAGGCGCUUUCGGCCGUCUGGGGUCCCUCACUGUCCUCAAUCUGAGGGCGAAUGCCUUAGUGUACCUCCCGGACAUGGUCUUCCAGGGUCUGCAGGCCCUCAGGUGGCUCCGGCUGACCCACAACGCCCUCCACGUGCUGGGCAGCGAGGCCUUCGCCGCCCUGCCCGCCCUGCGCAGGCUCAGCCUGGACCACAACGAGCUGCAGGCGCUGCCCGGCGAGGCUCUGGCCAGGCUGGAUGGGGCCACCCGGCUGGACAUGGGCCACAACCCCAUCACCUACGUGGCCGAGGAGGCCCUGGCCAUGGCCUCCCUGAAGCACCUCUUCCUGGACCACGCCGCCCUCCAGGAAGUGGCACCCGACGCCUUCGCCCACAGCCCCCAGCUGCGCACGCUGGACCUCCGCGAAAACCAGCUGCGGGGGCUGCCACCCCUGGCCGGGGCUGGGGGGCUGCUGAGGGUCAGCCUGGCCGGGAACCCUCUGCUCUGCUCCUGCCUCCUGCGCCCCUUCCACGACUGGCUGGUGAGGGCGCGGGUGCAGGCGGAGGGGACCUGUGCUGCACCCCCCGAUCUCCGCGGCCGGCCCCUCGACUCCCUGAGGCCCCCUGAGAUGAGAUGCAGCCCCCCCCAGCCGCCCCCCAGCCCCACCACGCCGUCGGAGCCGCCGAGGGCGGGCGGCAGCGGGCAGUGCCCCCAGGGGUGCACCUGCUCCCCCGACUUCCGUCACGGCUCCUGCGAGAACAGGGCCUUGCGGGAGAUCCCCCGGGGCUUUCCCGGGGACACCCGCCUCCUCGACCUGCGCCGAAACACCUUCAGGACGGUGCCGCCGGGCGCCUUCCCCGGCCUGAAGGAGCUGGUGUCCCUCCACCUGCAGAGCUGCGGCAUCGGGGCGCUGCGCCCCGGGGCGCUGCGGGGGCUGGAGAGUCUGGUCUACCUCUACCUCACCGACAACCGCCUCUCCACCUUGGCAGCCACCGCCUUCGAGGGGGCCCCGCGGCUGGCCUACCUCGACCUGGACCGCAACGAUUUUGCCCGCCUGCCCGCGGGUGCCUUCCAGCUCCUGCCCGACCUCAUCUCCCUCCACCUGCAGCACAACGCCAUCGGGGAGCUGGCAGAGGGUGACCUGGCCGGGGCCAGGGGGCUGCGCUGGCUCUACCUCGCCGGGAAUGCCAUCGGUCACAUCGCCCCCACCGCCCUGGCUCCGGCCAAGAUGCUGGAGAAGCUGCACCUGGAGGGAAACCGCCUGGCGGAGGUGCCCACGGCAGCCCUGCGGGGUCUGCCCGCCCUGAGCGAGCUGAAGCUGUCCCGAAACCCCAUCAAGCACCUGGGGGACGGCGCGUUCCUGCCCGUGGCCUCCAGCCUGCAGCACCUCUACCUGGACAACAUGGGCCUGGAGCGGAUUUCCCCUGGUGCCUUUGCUGGCCUCGGUCCCAAGAUCAGAAGCCUCUACCUGGAGAGUAACAAAAUGAGCAACAUCCCUGACCUGAGCAACUUCACAGGGCUGGAGAUCCUCAACCUGAGGGACGUGCCUUUCCACUGCAACUGCCAGCUCCUUCCCCUGCGCCGGUGGAUCAACAAACUCAACCUCCGUGUAGGGGCCACCUGCGGGUCCCCUGCAGAAGCCCUGGGGCUGAAGGUGAAGCUUUCUACCGCUUUUCAAACCUGCCCUGGCUGGGGCCGAGGUGAGGCUGGGGGAGCCAGUCCUGACAAGACCAAGGCGGUGAGCAAGACCAGCAAGAAAAAGAGAUCAGGAAAAUCACCAGCCAGAGCUUAGGAAACGUGUGCGGGAUGCCACGGGGGGUAUCUACAGUUUGGCAAGAGCAGUUUUUCUCGACCUGCCCCCACUGCAGCAACCUGGGUAUCGCACAAGGUGCGAAGGGGAGAGCCUGGUGCCACCGAAGCGAUGCCCGUUUGUCAAAGAUGCAGAGUUUGUUUUUGCAGGACACAGAGGCAUGUUACCCCGUAAAGAACCGGUGCAGAAAACUUCCGCAGUGUUUGCAGCACACUUUGAUGACUUGAACAACAAAGCCAAAUACUUGCUUUUUUUUUUUUUUUUACCUCCCAAGGCUCCUUCCAGCCAUGUGGAAAAGCUGGAAUCCACAAGCUUGGUUUUGGUUUUAAGAGCGCUGUGCUUUCACAGCUUCAGAAACAACUGAAGAGCCCUGAGCGGGACUGCAAGCAGCACCAACACAAGGUCCUCCACUGGCUCAAAUUUUAGAGCAGAAGACUUAAAAUUAUUAUCAUCAGUGAACACACAUUGCCCGAAUUUCCAGCAACUCCUCACAAUUAAAACAUAAGCAGAUUUAAACCUU